AUGACCGAAGCGGCACGCCUCGGCGCCGCGAGAGCAGCCGGUCGGCGUCGGCACCAAGCGCGCGGCCCAGCCUUUCGAGCCGAGGAUACCAGGGAAGUUCGUCUGAACUGCGAACGAACCGCGAACGAACCGCAAUAUUUAUUUUUUGGCUCUGCAGGCCUGUAUAGUCCCUGGUUGGGCGGCCCUGCUCACAGCGCCUUCAUGGAGUACAUGCGCAAAAACCACGCCAAGUACGCGAAGGCGUGA